AUGGAUGAGGAAUACCAAAAAAAAGAGUAUGGUCAAUAUAUAACGAAAGUCCCAUGUCCAAAUUGCAAAGAUAAAUACAUUGAGGCAUAUUGUACUACAUGCAAUAAAUUGCACUGUGCACUGUGCCAAUUAGUGAAUCAUAGAACUCACCGUUUUAAAACGAUAAGCAAAGCUAUUGAGGAGAUCCGUUCAAAUUUAAUGAAAAAUAAAGUUGACUUAUGUGAAAAAUCAAAUUUUGCUUUUCAAGUAAAAUCAUGCUUAGCGUCAAAUAUAACUACCCUAAGAACGCAGAAGAAUGAAAUGAAAAUAGAAAUACAGAAAAAAUUUGAUGAAUUUCGAGACGAACUGAUAAUAAGCGAAGAUAGAAUGAUGGAUUAUGUGGAAUCGUAUUAUAACGUAAAAUUGGAGUAUUUGACUAAAAAUAAAUUUUUAAUGGAGGAAUUAAAAAAAAAAUACGAUUUCUAUUUGUAUUUUUCUCAAUCUGCUUUGAAAAGAGAAAACCAGGCAGAUCUAGACAUGACAAAUUUAGUCAACAAUCAACUGUCGAGUGUCAGAAAAGGUUUCAUGAUGGACAUUAGUGGAUUGGAUUCAACUAAUAAAAAAUGUUUUGAAUUAACUGUUGUGUUGGACGAUACACUGCGUAAAUUAAUCGAUUCCGUUAAAAGCAUUGCAAUUUCUAAGCCACAAACAUAUGUAAAAGCAAUUGAUGCGAUUAGUAAGACAGUGGAUAUUACAUCUUUUCCGGGAUACCUCAGUGCCACUAAGAAAAUUGAAGAUAUCCCGAUAACUAUAAUUGAUGAUAAUCUAAUGGACAAAGUGAAAUAUAAUUUACUCAAACAGCAGACAAAAAGUUUAAAAUCUUCUGCAGGUGAUUCUUCACAUUUGGAUACUAAUAUAGACAAAAUGUAA